AUGAAAACAACACAUGCGUUCAGCGUUCAGCUUUCUGGAGUUUUUUGGUAUGAGAAUAGUACCAAAAUGACUAAAAGAAAGAUUCAGAGAGACAAAAUACCUGGACAGAAGGUGAAACGAAUUAAAGCAAGCGUCAAAGAAAGUGAAUCAACUUCAAAUUCAUUGUCUCAGAAAUGGACAAACAAAGAGCGGGUACUUGUGUUUGCAUCUCGUGGUGUAUCUUAUCGGGAUCGACAUCUAAUGCAAGAUAUUAGAAAUCUGAUGCCACAUUCAAAACCAGAUUCUAAGAUGACAAAGGGUCAGGGUCUGUUUAGCAUCAAUGAGAUUUGUGAAAUGAAAAAUUGUAGCAAAUGUGUCUACUUUGAGGCACGGAAGAAAAAAGACUUGUAUAUGUGGGUAUCAAAUGUGCCACAUGGACCCUCGGCUAAAUUCCUUGUUCAAAAUGUUCAUACAAUGCUGGAAUUGAAAUUAACUGGAAAUUGUUUGAAGUCUUCACGUCCAAUAUUGUCAUUUGACUCUUUGUUUGAUAAAACACCUCAUAAUAGACUCUUGAAGGAACUCUUCAUACAGACAUUUGGUACCCCGUACCGUCACCCGAAAAGUCAGCCAUUCAUUGACCAUGUUUUCAGCUUCUCAAUAGUUGACAAUAGAGUAUGGUUCAGAAACUACCAGGUAGUUGAGGAAGAAGGUUCGUUGGUUGAAGUUGGUCCUCGCUUUGUUCUUAACCCAAUCAAGAUAUUUGCAGGUAGCUUCAGUGGACAAGUGCUAUUUGAAAAUCCUACAUACAAAUCUCCUAAUUUGUUAAGAAGAGAGGUACGUCUUGCAAAGGGUUCCAAGUAUGAGGAACGAGUGCUCAAUAAGAUUGCCAAAGAAGCCAAGGAACCAGGUGACCUUUAUCCAGCUGAUGUCACUGAUGAUGUUUUUACAACCAUCAGACCAGAGGAUGCUAAAGGUGUUGAAAAAAGCACCUUUUAUAGAAAAACCUGAACAUUGACAGCUUGCAAUUUGAUAAUUCUUUUGGUUGAUGCUGUUUAUUUGAUUUCCUAGAGAUGGUAAUACACAAGGGAUGGGCACAAGGAGUAUGGACACCAUUUUUCAAUUAAAAAUUAUUUCUAAGUCGAUCUUAUUUUACAUGCUGAAUUAUUGUGUUUUCCAUUAAUUAAUAAGCUGCUUGUUGAACAAUAUUUCUAUGCCAUUUUAGGUUCAACUGUAGUUUUGUCGUCGUUAAUAAACUUUCCAUCAAUAAACCUACGAGUGUGGCGCAAAGCUCCCUGAGCUGCUCUUACGCAUUAGAUCGUGAGAUUAGCCAGCUCUUAGGGUCUUGGUAAGCAAAAAUACUUUUCUGAUUUGCAAGGGCCACCACUUCAUGUGUAGUCGUUGCAUCACCAAAACCUACCAUAUUGUUGUUUUAACAGUGCAGUUUGUAAAUGUGAUAGAAUAAAUUAAAGAACAUAUGUUGUAUCAAUUGUUGAUGUGACUGAGUCACAAAACAUCUGGCAUGCUCUUGAGAAUCGCAUCAGCAUAUAAUGACCUGAAACAUGGCAGAUAUAAAUAAAUUUUUAAAAAGCCAAUACUAAAG